CCAAACCGAUCCCCAAAUCUCUUUCUCUCUCCCUCCAUAACCGAUCCCUUUCUCCAUUUCUCCCUUUCUCUUUUGUUUGCUCUCUGCCAACCCCGAACGGAUACCCACUGAUUGUCCCCGCCGUUCAAGCACCGUUCCCAUUUCUCUGUAGCUUGGCGCCAACCUUCUACCUUUCCCUUUCCCCGUUGCUUGGUGCCAAGAAGUUUGGGGCAUUUGAUAAAUAAAAUGGGUAAACUUAGUAUUGAUAGUGUGUAGCUAGUUUAUAAAUUUUUAGGUACAAAUAUACCAAAAAAAAAAAAACGUUCUUGAAAAGCAUAAGAAGUGAGUAAAAUCAGAGAAAAAAAUAGGAGGUAGAGCAGAGCAACACAUUGAAGAUUUUGAAAAAAAAUUAUCAAUAGGUGAACCCAUGGCCGAAGAUGGUAGCCAUGGCACCUCCGCCUCUGAUUCCUCAACAACCAUCGUUAAUUUGCUUCGUAAAUUUCUCGCCAUUCAGCAGCGUCGAGCCGAAGCCUAUUCCAACCUCAAAAGGGGAUUUUUAGAGUAUAUGAUUUCGGGAAAUGAAUUGGCCUAUCAACAGCUUUGCAGUGACAUUACAGUGGAGUUCAAUAACUGCUCUAAACAAGUCAUUGAAAUGGAGUCCCUAUUUCAGAAUUCUGAGUACGAUCGAGUUGAUUUAGCUAAGCUUUUGAGAUCUGUUCAAGAACAGGAAAAGCAGAAACUGAAUUUGACGGUCACAUUACAGGUACUAAAGAAGGCUGGUCGAUCAUCAGAACGUUUGGUGAGCCAUGCGGAUUACAAAUUUGAGAUACCAAUGGAGCUUGAGUGUGUGCAUGUCCAUGAGAUUACAGAAGCUGCUAGGACUAAAGAGGCAGAAGUAGAUGCUAUGUAUGAUAAAGAACAAAAGGAGGCCAUUAGAGGAGUACAGGAUGUUGUGACUGCUAUAAACGAGCAUUUGGAAGAGCAAUUUGAUGCUGGUGGAAAACUAUUGCAUAAAUUGGAUACUAAGCUUGCAGUUAGCUCUUAUGGGGAGGGUGAACUCGCCAGCCUUAUUCAAAUAUUAUACAUUAAACAACCUCCAUCAACAGUCUCUGGAUAUGAUGAUGAGGUGGAAUGGGCAGAAUACAAAAUCAAAGAAACUAAUAUGUUUACUGUAGACAAAUAUCAACAGAAGCAUGAUGGUUAUCCAUCAGGGUCAAUGGUUGACUUUGCAAGCGACAUAGAUGGGUCUCUGAUUUUAGCUGUUAGUAGGUUGGCGUUUCAUUCAAAGGUAAUUGCAGAGAGCUUAUCUGAAGAAGAAAUUGCUGGCCUAAAAGAAAUGUUCAAAAUGAUAGACACUUACAGUAGUGGUCAAAUCACUUUUGAAGAACUUAAGGCUGGUUUGAAAAGAUUUGGAGCUAAUCUUAAGGAAUCUGAAAUUUAUGAUUUAAUGCAAGCAGCAGAUGUAGAUAACAGUGGAACAAUUGAUUAUGGAGUGUUUGUAGCAGCCACUUUGCAUUUAAACAAAAAUGAGAGAGAAGAUCAUUUGUUCGCGGCAUUUUCCUACUUCGAUAAAGAUGGAAGUGGCUACAUUACUCAAGGCGAGCUUCAACAUGCUUGCGAGGAGUUUGGUGUAGAGGACGUCCGGCUAGAAGAAAUGAUGGGCACAUAGAUUAUAACGAGUUCGUGGCGAUAAUGCAGAAAGGAACUAUUGGUGUUGAAAGUACUAACUUUUCACUAUGUUGAAUAUUUAAGACUCCUUGAAUACUUAAAGAACAUUUUGUUGUUGAUGACAGUGUUGAAUGUUUUAAACUAAUUUGUGGAUUGUUAAUACAAUGUUGAAUGUUUUUA